UAUAAAUAACCCGUAUUUAUUCACUUUCCGUGUUUGCGUGGCGUGGUUGCCCCGUUUUGUUUAUAAAGCGUUUCGCAUCGCGUUUGUUUACCGGCGGCGCGGCGCGGGCGGGCGGGUUGGCGAGCCGCCAGCUCCGCCGGAUCGCGGUCACACCAAUACAUUCAGAUUUCUUGGGAAAAAAAAAACCAAGUGGACGAUUACCAGUGAUCUUAUCCGCGUCAAGAAUCGCGGUCUGUCGUUUGGUGCUUUCGGAGAAAUUGUGGUCGAAGUUUAAGGCUGGUGGUGUGAUAGUCCUCUUGAACAGGCGUGGCGUGGCGGUGUUGUGGCGCCGCGCCCCCGCGCCGCCGCUGCCAAGUGGGCCAGGACGCGGCGAGUCAGCGCGUACGCAGCUGCCGCUCUCACGCGCAGUGGAGGCCGAAGGUUUGCAGUACUAAGGGCUCUUGGGGCUGUGAGGAAACGUCCUUUCAAUUGUACACGUUAUGGAGGCGGUGUACCCGGCAGCGGCGUCGGCGCUGGCACGCGGUCGGCGAGCGCGGCGCGGUGGCGUGCGCGCCAGGCACCGCACUAUGCCUGUUACCUUCGCGGAGAUCAAAGAAGUGGACGAGGAGAACGUAGAGGAAGCAAGCACAGCGCCGCCAUCACGCGGCUCGGUGUCCAGCGAGCGGCGGCGGCCCGACGUUCUGGACGAGCGGCUCGGCCGGCAGUUCCUCGAGUUCCGGCGUCGACGCAAGCGUGAUGCACUCCCCGAACCACCGGACGAGCCCGCCGCCGAACUCGUGCCGACGGCGCCUCGCGCCGGCUCCGAGCCCAUGGAGCCGCGCUGAUAGCUCGCACUAUUGAACUUUAAUAAUACUAAGCAGUUACGCUAUAUUGCCGAUAUUGAUGAGAAUCAAUUAGUUUGUGACUGUCUGACACAGUAUUUUUAUACCCAGGUCCACCAAUGUUGAAUAGUUAUGAAUGACGUUGCCAUAUUGCCAAGGUCUUUAUACUUCGGGUAGAGACCGUCAGACACUGGUAACUGGUAGAGGAUUAAGGUUCGGUUGCACCUAACCGUCUGUCACCGAUGUCACAGUUAAAGCUUUCUCAACAUUUUAUUGUAUAGGAAUUAUCAUAGUUCUCUGCUGAGCUGAUCAACAUUCAUCACUUUGAUCAGUCUGUCACAUGUGGUUAGUGCAACUGGCAAUAAAUCGACGUGGAACAAUUGUUUUGCGAGGAGGCUUAGGUCUAUUAGAUUUAUAACUGAAGGCUUGAGUAGGUAUAUAAAUUACGUACCAAUGUAUUUUUUUAUAGAGCUUGGUAUUGGUAUGGUAUUAGGCUAUCACGUAGGUAGGUAAUUACGUUACGAGUUUUAUUUAGGCACUAUAAGGGUUGGUUGCACGUUCACACAGUUCUCUGCUGAGUGACGUUGAUCAAUUCGUCAAUUGGAAUUAGCUGCAGAUCCGAAAACACAUCACAAAGCUUAAAAAAGUAUAACAUGAAUCAGUGGGUAAUGUGGUUCCAGAUAAUCGUGGAAUACUAUUUUAUACUGCAGUAGGUUAUGCUAUAGUCCUUGCUA